AUGAUCUCGCGGCGCUUAGAAGCUGAAGUCAAGCGUGCCCGUGCUCAAGAAGUAUUGGAGCGUGAUAAGUACUUACGAUUGCGUCGCCAGUUUGAAGAGCUAAAGCAUUGCAAAAAAGUCGCAGAGCUUGUGGUAAAAACGCAGUGCAACGCAAUGGCGGCAUCGUUAUCGACUUCGUCAUCAAGCAAGAAAAAACAGCAUCUGCUUGGAAUGGAGCGGCUUCAUGUCGCCCACAAUGCAUGCCCGCUAGCGACCUGCCGAUUGCAUAUGUCCGAUUUGCGAGCACGUGGCGAUGAGAUUAAUCGUAUGAAUGCAGGUAAGUUACGAUUGCCUGGACUUCCAUUUAUUGGGAAUGGAUUGGCGGAAGACGAUGACUUGGCAUGUCUAGUGAGGAAGGUGCAAGCUUUUGGAAAAAUGAUCACGUCGGGUUCAAUCGAGCUGCCAACUGUGGAGGACUCCUGUGUUCAAUUCGAUGCCGACCAUGGUGAGGUGGUGAAUACAAUUGACUUGCCAAGUGAGGACGAAGAUGAAUGUUUGGAUAUAGACGUGACGAAUGCGGAUGAGACGGUGGCUGAUAUGCCCAUGGAGACAUUAGCAGAAGAAAGUGAAGUUCGAGGCGAGGAGAAAAGCAAUUCUCGACGCGAUUCUUUCCGCUCGACAUGGGAUCUUCCUGGUCUGACCCGCGACCUCAAUUUGAUUCAGGAUUAUUCAUCAGAAACGGACUGCAAAUUACUGCGCUUUUUGGCAGGUGAACGCCAGUAUUUCUACCUGGAGUUACUCGUAAUUGACAGCUCGUACUCGCGCGAGGUAGAGAGAUGGCUUCUUACCGCUCAUGAUAUUCAGAUACUACGUCAGUAUGUGUUGGAGCGCACUGAUAUCGGGAAAGAAAUUGUAGUGUGUGCUGAACGAUUACGUGCACUCGGUGACUUGGUGCCACCUCUUUCCUUUCUGUCAGAUGGAAACUCGUUGACUAGCGAGUUGGGAGUGUUUGAGUCCUCACGCCAUAAAGAAUGGAGUGAGUUGCAGGACAAGGUCGUUACUUUGCAUACACUGGCUUUGGUGGCCCAUAUGCUGGGAAAGCACUACCUGGCUAGACAAGUGGUUGGAAGAAGUAAUCGAAAUACUAACGCUACAUGCACCAGUCAUGAUAACCUUCUGGAUGAAAGUACGCUGAAAUCUGAUCUGUUUACGUACAUUCUACGCCCGAUCCGAUCUUCUGCAAUCGAGUCCAGUCUAUUUGACUUGCUGCCAAUUUCGUUAGUGCGCGAAACCAUUGAGCAGUGCCCUGAGGUCGUGAACCACGUGCUCCAGUGGAAAGGCAAGGAUGACGUGCCGGAAUACCUUCAUGAGAUUAAUCCGUGUGACGCUCCGGUUGGUGAUGUGGCAUUUACUGCAAGUGGACAGCAAGUGCAUCCCAGCAGUAACUACUUCUUAAGGAACCUGUUGCUAAGGCUUACGGCAUACAUGCGGGAUCUGGAUGCGACUAUAAAAGCGCUAGUGUCCACACUGAAAGAGAAGCGACCUAGCCGCCACAAGAAUAAUGCUAUUCACACUAGCCGGCGUCAAGAACGCAUCAUCACGCACGUGAAUCGUUUGAAAACUGUUACAGCACAUGUGGUUGUUGAAAACACGAAGCUUCAGCUUCACAAGUGGUGGAUCCUCUUCGCUGAGAACUCAUGUGCGUGGUUUGAUCCAGAUAGUGUUGAUGAAAUGGACGACAGGUCGUACGAUAAGUUUACGUGCCUUCAAGAUGCCUUGUACAUUUGGCACAAUGAGGCACUUCUGUAUACAACUAAGGAUGAUUUUGUGGACCCUGAACGUUUGGAAGAUUCCGCAUAUAAUCAAACUGAAAGCACUACAGCUGACGGCGAAUACAAUGCUGCCUCUGUGUCGUACCCUUACGCCGCGAUGUCGAGAGGUUCUAGUCGUACGCCUAUUCCACGCGAUGAAGAAGUGGCUGCACUAAUUCAACUGACUCCUGAGAGCUUGCGUGACGAGGUUCAAAACCGGCCAUUUACGGCCGAAGAGGCGGAAAAAUGUAUUAUGACGCCACGAGAUGUUGAAAAUGCGCGCGCUCAACUAGAGGAAUCGCUAGCAAGUACCCGAGAUUUAAUGAACGAGUUGGGGCGCUCUGGUCCGUGGCGCAAACAUGUUAAGCAUUCUAACAGCUUAAAAUGCGAACUGGCUAAGCAAUUAGCGAUCCGAGAAAAGCUUGUGAAGCAUCAGUGGGCUCGAUACUAUACGAAGUAUCAAGAAUUUGCACCACCACAGACCCAAGAUGCAAGCUCAGACCAAGAGGAUGAAGAGAAGACUCCAUUUGAGAACGCUAAUAGCCAGCCGCAAGGUGAGCCGACCGCUGAAAGUGGUAGUGACGCAGCAUCGAUGGCGAUCGAUUGGACUGGUGUAUUUGAUCCUGAGAAGGAUGCCCCAGACAUUAUUGAGAUGAAAAAGCUUCGACAUGAAAUUACUUUGGCAAAGGACCAACUAUUGCGCGACAUCAGCCGUGACGGCAAGAAUGGAUGUGGUGUAACGUUACAGUCAUCUUUACUUAAUGGUGACCAGAAGGCACUGGUGGAAGAAUGUAAGGGGCUAGCUGCGUCUUGCAUGCAGGCACUGGGCAAAUUUUUGGGUAUGGAGGAGACUUGUGAGACGGCCACGGCACCGGUCCAGAAAAAACACACACGAUCCACACCGAAAGCUAUCCGACCUAGAAGCAAGCGUCCCACUGCGGCUGCUAAGGGUGACAAGACCACCCGGACGUCUACCAGACGGCAGACGCAUGGAUCGAAGAAAGCAAGUGGGCGCGCUUUGAGAAGCGGUCUAGGAAGCAGAAGUCGACGAAGCGAGUCUGUUCGCGUGGCAAAGGCUCUAGCAGCGUCAAAUGCUAAUUUCUUGCUUCCUCUUGCGCGAUCAUCUGGGUCAAGGACGUCAUCGUCGAGAGUGAUGUCAGUGCGCAGCAUUGGCAGUAGUUGCGACCUACGUUCCGAAGACAGCCCGCCACUACGAAUGGGGUGCUCAGGCUGCCGUGACUUGCGACGCCGUUGUACGGGCUGUUCCGGCUGCUGUCUUCAUUGCGUGUGUGUGAGUUGCGGGUGCCGCAUGUGCUGCUCAUCUCGGCUUUCUGCUGUCCAGAAAACGAUGACUCAGAUGCUGGAUGUGAUUGAGGUUAAUGAGUCCUGUAAGUGGAUGAGCAAUGCGUCGGCAGGGAGUGAGGGACAUCGCUGUGGUAUGUUGUUCUUCUGUCAACAAUGUCAUUCUUGUGAAGAUCACUGUCCGUGCUUGUUGACCCGGUCUGCUUCUGAGCCUGCGGCUGGAUCUACAACCGCGGCGCGGCCGACAGCUGAUGCAACUUAUAACUCUACCGGCUCCUCGUCUGAGGUUAUAGCCUCAUCCAAUGCUACUCCAAGAGAUACGGCUUCGUCGGCAUUCUCUCGUAGACAACGGCGCUUCAGGAUUAAUGCCAUAGCAGCUCAACGCCGUAGUCCUAAUGCGCCCAUGGAUGACACCGUUGAUAAUGACGAGUCAGCUUCAGUUCACAUCAAUGAUCCGAGUGGGAACCGCGGUCCAGCUCGUACAUGUGGUGGUCGUGGUCCACUGCCAACGUUCGACUAUGGCAUUGACGACGCCUUCGGUAUUGGCCCGAUAGCUCCACCCGGGCAAUGUCGCACGUGGCGGCCAGCACCGUCCGACAAGAACGAACAGGAAGAUCUAUUUCGUGCGGCUCGCGUGCGCAUGAAGCUGGUGCGUUCAGCAUAUGCUAAACCUGUGGGUCUAUCAUCAGGCUCCGGUUGCUUGGAUGGGGAGCAGCUAUGGCAACCAGAGCGAAUCCGAAUGAUGUGGGAGCGUCGUGACUUUCAUGGUGUGUUGGGGCUACCGCGCGACGCCUCUGUCCAGCAGAUCAAGCGCCAGUACCGUAAACUCGCACUCAAGCUGCAUCCUGACAAAGCAUCUGAUGCUUCAGCCUCGCUGGAAUCUACCGUCGCUGAAGCUGGACGCAACGUUGGAGCAAGUAACUCUGGCAAGCGCGUGGAUGCCUUUGUUGCUGCCACGCACUCUUAUAAAAUUCUGCUUGGGGACGUUGAUGCCAUCCAUGCACGGGCUUGGGCAGGUUGA